AUGAACAUCUCUCUUCUAGUGCCUGGAACCCAAGAGGUACUGAACGAUCUCUUGGUGAAGCGUGGUCUCACGGAGUGGCAAGUCGUGCGUGACAUUCGAGUCUCGACUGACUCCAACGAAGUUGUAGAUGUAAUUUACGGCAAUGUAUUAACGUCCGAGCUAGAAGACGAACGCAUCGAGCGCAAACGCAAGCGAAAGACAGCAAAAAAAUUGCCCAGCGACAAGCAGGAGUCGACGUAUUGCUGCUUUGUAGUGCUUCCUGCCAUUUCCUGUUCCCCGACACUAAGCAUCAAGCGACUACUAGAGCUGCAGCAAUGUGCCGACGCCAAUGAACCUACUGUAGUCAUAAGUGCCAUCAAGCGAACGUUCCUGAGCAUCACAGAUGCCGCCAACAUCAGCUACUACGUGCUCCAGACACCAGCAAUUCUGCCAUGA